CACUGCAGGAUGGCAGAUUGCAACAUUAGUGUGUCUGUCCGUGUGCGAGGGCUUAUCAAACGUGAAAUAUCAGAUGAUCUCACAAAGCAUUGGAAGACACAUGAAGAGAAGUCUCUAGUGCAGAUAGAUCCUGCAACAGGAAGUGUGCUCUGUCAGCCAUACAUCUUUGAUAAAGUUUAUGAUGAAGGCUGCACCAAUGCUGAUGUAUAUACAGGCACAGUGGAGGAGAUGGUCUACUCGGCCAUGGCUGGCUUCAACACCACCAUAUUCGCCUAUGGGCAGACCUCCUCUGGCAAGACGCACACCAUGCUGGGCCACGAGCAAGACCAGGGCACCAUCCCGCGCGUGGUGCACCAGAUGUUCGACUGCGUCGAGCAGACGCCCGACCGCGAGUACCUCAUCCGCGUCAGCUACAUGGAGAUCUACAAGGAGGUGGUAGCCGAUCUCCUGGCGGAGGGUGCUGGAACACCAAAGGGGCUGCGCAUCCACGAGGAUCCGCAGGGACAGGUGUACGUGUCGGAGCUGCGGGAGCUGUGCGUCAACACGCCAGAGAUGCUGCUGGGACUGAUGGGGCGUGGCGAGACGGCGCGCCAUUUCGGCGUCACCAACAUGAACGACCGCAGCUCGCGCAGCCACACCAUCUUCCGCAUCAUCAUCGAGUCCAGAGUCAGGGAUGAGGAGGGUGAGGAGGGCGCUGUGGUCGUCUCGCACCUGAACCUGGUGGACCUGGCCGGCUCGGAGCGCGCCCGGCAGACAGGCGCCACUGGCGAGAGGUUCCGGGAGGGCUGCUCCAUCAACUCGUCGCUGUUCGAGCUCGGCAACGUCAUCAGCAAGCUGAGCGAGGGCGCGCCCUUCAUCAACUACCGCAACAGCAAGCUCACCCGCAUCCUGCAGACGUCGCUCGGGGGCAACGCCAAGACGGCCAUCAUCUGCACGGUGACGCCGGCGGCUGUGGAGGAGACCCACUCCACGCUACGGUUCGCCAGCCGCGCCAAGACCAUCAAGAACAAGCCGCACAUCAACGAGGUGGUGUCCGACUCGGCGCACCUGAAGCGGCUGAAGCGCGAGAUCCACGGACUGCGCGCGGAGCUGCAGCGCGAGAAGCAGACCAACCGCGCCACCGAGGUGGAGGAGAUGCAGCAGGCGCUGGCCGAGCAGAGCAAGCGCAACACCCAGCUGCAGGACCGGUUGCGCCAGCUGGUCGAGCAGCUGGUGGUGAGCUCGGCGCCCAAGCAGCAGCUGCCAGCCAAGGCGCAGAAGAGCAAGCGGCGGAUGACGUGGUGCGGCCGGCAGCGCGGCCGGCUGAGUCUGGCGCCGUUCCAGCUGCCGCCGCUGCUGCCACCUGUCGAGGAGCAGCCGAGGCUGCCCGACGACGAUCAGCCGUUUGCGGGGGUGAGCCAGCGGAAGCGGCGGCGGGCGGACCUGCACCCUGCGAUGCCGUCGCUCGAGGAGGAGGCUGGGCGGCCGGUGUCGCUGGGCGACAUCACCGAGGAGGAGGAGGAUGACAGGACAGCAGACCGACCCGCGGCCGCGCAGCCGCCGGAGCUGGAGCGGCUGCGGCGGCAGGUGCUGCUGCUGCAAGAGGAGAAUGACGCGCUGCGAGCGGACGGAGCCGAGCCGCGGCUGGUGGACGACACGCACGCGCGUCUGCUGGAGACCGUACAGCGGCUGGAUGAGGAGCUAAAGGCAGCCAAGCAAGAGAACCAGCACAUGACUGUUACAACCAGUACUGACAUGUCAGAGGUUGUACAGCGGCUGGAGGAGGAGCUAAAGACAGCCAAAGAAGAGAACCAGCGCUUGGCUAUCUCAGCCACCCCUGAUAUGUCAGAGGCUGUACAGCAGCUGGAGGAGGGGCUAAAGGCAGCCCAAGAAGAGAACCAGCGCCUGGCUGUCUCAGCCACCCCUGAUAUGUCAGAGGCUGUACAGCGACUGGAGGAGGAGCUGAAGGCAGCCAAAGAAGAGAACCAGCGCCUGGCUGUCUCCGUCACCCCUGAUAUGUCAGAGGCUGUACAGCGGCUGGAGGAGGAGCUGAAGGCAGCCAAAGAAGAGAACCAGCGCCUGGCUGUCUCCGUCACCCCUGAUAUGUCAGAGGCUGUACAGCGGCUGGAGGAGGAGCUGAAGGUAGCUAAAGAAGAGAACCAGCGCUUGGCUGUCCCAGCCAUUCCUGAUAUGUCAGAGACUGUGCAGCAGCUGGAGGAGGAGCUGAAGGCAGCCAAAGAAGAGAACCAGCGCUUGGCUGUCCCAGCCAUUCCUGAUAUGUCAGAGACUGUGCAGCAGCUGGAGGAGGAGCUGAAGGCAGCCAAAGAAGAGAACCAGCGCUUGGCUGUCCCAGCCAUUCCUGAUAUGUCAGAGGCUGUGCAUCGGCUGGAGGAGGAGCUGAAGGCAGCCAGAGAAGAGAACCAGCGCCUGGCUGUCUCCGUCACCCCUGAUAUGUCAGAGGCUGUACAGCGGCUGGAGGAGGAGCUGAAGGCAGCCAAAGAAGAGAACCAGCGCUUGGCUGUCCCAGCCAUUCCUGAUAUGUCAGAGGCUGUACAGCGGCUGGAGGAGGAGCUGAAGGCAGCCAAAGAAGAGAACCAGCGCCUGGCUGUCUCAGCCACCCCUGAUAUGUCAGAGGCUGUACAGCUGCUGGAGGAGGAGCUGAAGGCAGCCAAAGAAGAGAACCAGCGCCUGGCUGUCUCAGUCACCCCUGAUAUGUCAGAGGCUAUACAGCGGCUGGAGGAGGAGCUGAAGGCAUCUAAAGAAGAGAACCAGCGCUUGGCUGUCCCAGACAUUCCUGAUAUGGCAGAGACUGUGCAGAGGCUGGAGGAGGAGCUAAAGGCAGCCCAAGAAGAGAACCAGCGCCUGGCUGUCUCAGCCACCCCUGAUAUGUCAGAGACUGUGCAGCGGCUGGAGGAGGAGCUAAAGGCGGCCAAAGAAGAGAGCCAGCGCCUGGAUGUUGCAGCCAUCCCUGAGAUGGCAUAUGUACAGCAGCUGGAGGAGAAGCUAAAGGCAGCCCAAGAAGCGAACCAGCACCUGGCUGUCACAAGCAUUCCUGAUGUGCCAGAGACUGUACAGCAGCUGGAGCAUGAGCUAAAGGCAGCCAGAGAAGAGAUCCAGCGCUUGGCUGUCUCAGCCACCCCUGAUAUGUCAGAGACUGUACAGCGGCUGGAGCAGGAGCUAAAGACAGCCAGAGAAGAGAACCAGCGCUUGGCUGUCCCAGCCAUUCCUGAUAUGUCAGAGACUGUGCAGCGGCUGGAGGAGGAGCUAAAGGCGGCCAAAGAAAAGAACCAGCGCCAUGCGGAUGCGAGCAUUCCUGAUACGUCGGAGACUGUACACCAGCUGGAGAAGGAGCUAAAGGCAGCCAAAGAAGAGAACCAGCGUCUAGCGGCCGCCUCCGUUGCUGACAUGUCAGAGACUGUACAACGACUGGAGGAGGAGCUAGCAGCUUCUAAGCAAGAGAAUCAGCUCCUGGUGUCCUCUGCAUCGUCCGGUAAGAAGACCUGCGACGUCACAUCAUCGCCUGACGUCACGGCGCCGUGCGAUGUGUCGGCGGCGGCGGCGGGCGACAGCUCGCUGCAGACGGUAGACGCGCUGAAGGAGGCGCACCAGGUGGAGCUGGAGACGCUGCGGCAGCAGCUGGAGGCGGCCAGGGUGGAGAAGCUGGCGCUGGAGGAGAGGCUGUCGGCGCGGGAGAUGGAAGAGGCUGGGGGACUGGGUGCUACGAUGGUGGCAGAGAAACAAGCGCCACAGGCGACCGACGAGGCUGCCGCGCUCGACGCUCGGACAUCGCCGGCCGCACCAGGAGCAGACGCCGAUGACGUCGGGCUGGCCGACCGGUCGUCGCUGGCUGAGCGGUCGGUACUGGUCGAGAGAUCGACUCUGGCUGAGCGGUCGGUGCUGGUCGAGAGAUCGACACUGGCUGACGUGUCCGUGCUGGCGGAUGGCUCGGUGACGGCGCCGCUGGACCGCAGCCAGCUAGCUGCGGACCUCGCCACCGUGUACCAGGAGCUGCGGCAGCUGCAGCGCGCUGACGAGCUGUCCGCGCCGGCCGCCGCCGAGGUGAGCCUCUGCGCGCUGGAGGAGGCGGCUGAGGGGACGCCCGAAGAGGUGACGGUACGGUUCGGUGACGAGACGAUGUCAGGGGCGUGCGCCGGCCGGGCGGAGGUAACACUGCCGCCCGAGGAGGUGACGGUACGGUUCGGUGACGAGACGAUGUCAGGGGCGUGUGCCGGCCAGGCGGAGGUAACACUGCCGCCCGAGGAGGUGUUCGGUGACGAGACGCUGGCAGGAGCGUGUGCCGGCCAGGCGGAGGUAACACUGCCGCCCGAGGAGGUGACGGCGGCCGAGGAUGGUCCCGCGGAGGUGCGCCGGCUGGAGAACCUGCUGGAAGACAUGCAGGAACGGGCGGAUGAGACGGCCCGGCGCGUGCACACCCUUACGUCACAGCUCGCUGACGUCACCGCCCAGAACGAUGACGUCACAAGUCGGCUGCAGGACGUCACCUCCGAGAAGGACCAGGCCCUGGCCUCUGUGGAUGACCUCACCGCCGAGAGAGACCGCGUUAUGGCGGAAAUGGCCGCCGUUAACGCCGCCUUGGAUGGCGUCAGGGCGCAGCUGACAGACGUCACCACCGAAAAAGAUGACGUCAUCGGGAAGUUGACCGACCUGACCGCCGCGAUGGAGGCCGUUAACGCCCAGCUUUGUGGCACGACGGCCGAGAAGGAUGACCUCGCGAUGAAAUUAAGUGCUGCUACCGCCGAGAGCAGCGACUCGCUGGCCAAAGUCACGGCCUUCAACACCUCCUGCCUGGCGGCCAACGAGCAGCUGCGCGGCGAGACGGCGGCCGCGGCUGCGCGACUGGCCGAGCGCGAAGCGCAGCUGGUCGGCGGCCGGCGCGAGGCGCGCCGAGAGAUCUGCGACCUGCAGGAGACGCUGGUCAGCCGCCAGGCCGAGCUGCAGGAGCAGGCGCUCUGCCUGGAGAAAGUGCGCGCCAAACGUCGGGAGGCGGUACAACGCACAGAGGAGCUGACGGCAGAGAGAGACUCUCUGACCGCGGAGAGGGACUCCCUGACGGCGGAGAGGGACUCCCUGACCUCAGAGAGGGACUCCCUGACGGCUGAGCUGGCCGCCGGUCGGGAGGCAGCUGCGCAGCUGCAUCUCCAGCUGUCUGAAGCCAGCUGUCGGCUGGACGAGCUGGAGCGCACCGCCUCCGAGCGCCAGUCCCAGCUGCAGUUCGAGCUGGACGAGCGGGUGGUGGAGCUGCACCAGCUGCAGGAGGAGCACCAGCUGCUGACUGACGGCAACAAGCAGCUGCAGGAGGAGCACCGGCAGCUGCAAGAUGAGCGCCAGCGCUUGCAGAACGAGCACACUCAGCUACGGAAUGAGCAUCAGCUGCUGCGAGGCAAGCAUGAUGAGCUGCAGGAGGAAGCUCGCCAGCUACUGGACCAGUGCCGUGGAGUCGAAGACGACCUCCGCCAGACACAGGAGAGGCUGACUGCUGAGCGGAGUCGGGCCGACGCCGACCGGGCCGAGCUGGGCGCCAGGCUGGAGACGCUGGAGACCGGGCACCAGGCGAAGGUGGCGGCACUAACCGCCGAACUCCAGGCCAAGCUGGAGACCCUGGAGACCGAGCACCAGGCGAAGGUGGCAUCACUGUCGGCCGAGCGGGAGGCGGCGGCCUCGGAGCACGAGCGGCUGCUGGCCGGCCAGCGCGAGGCGGCCGCCGCCGAGCUGGAGGCCGAGCGGCUCAGGCUGUUCGCCGACUACCAGCAGAAGGCCGACUGGCUCACCACGCUCAUCGACGAGAGCGAUGACGAGCUCCGACAGGCCAAGGAGCAGCUGGCCGCGCGACAAACCGAGGUGGAGCAGCUGCAGCUAGAGGUUCGCCAGCUGCGCGUCAAACAGGAGCAACAGCAGCAGCUGCAGAGCCAGCUGACCUCAGGACAGAGCCAGGCGGACGCCCGCUGCGACCAGCUGGAAGCCCAGCUGGAGGCGCUGGCGACCGAGCACCAGGUCAAGCUGGAGACGCUGGCGACCGAGCACCAGGCCAAGCUGGAGACCCUGGAGACCGAGCACCAGGCGAAGGUGGCAUCACUGUCGGCCGAGCGUGAGGCGGCGGCCUCGGAGCACGAGCGGCUGCUGGCCGGCCAGCGCGAAGCGGCCGUCGCCGAGCUGGAGGCCGAGCGGCUCAGGCUGUUCGCUGACUACCAGCAGAAGGCCGACUGGCUCACCACGCUCAUCGACGAGAGCGAUGACGAGCUCCGACAGGCCCGGGAGCAGCUGGCGGCGCGCCAGGCGGAGGUGCUGCAGCUGCAGACGGAGAUCCGGCAGCUGGUGGAGUCGCGCGAGGCGCAGCCGCCGCCGCCGCCGCCCGAGUGGGAGACGGAGUCGGACCGGCAGCGCGAGAGCGUGACGCGGCUGAAGGCGCAGCUGCUGGAAGCGGUGCAGGCCAAUACGCUGUAA